UUGAAAAAUUAUGAACGCAUCACUGUGAUGGCUACUAAAGUGAAAAUUAUGUUCAUAUUCUUGAUACUUGUGAUCUACAGUCUUAAACAAGGAAUUUCUGGAAACGUAAGAAGUAAGUGUCAUCUUUCUGAAAAUGAAAGAAAACCAAAGGGCAAAAGUGGCAUGUUUCGGAUAAACACGCUUAAAGAAUUUCCAAAGACGUGCACUUGGGAAACACAAUUCAACGCCUCGUCCGGAUAUUCCUUGCGUAUUUGUGGUUUGUGUGUGAACGUGAAAUACAACGUAACUGAUUGUCAUUUAACACCAAAAGCAGAUCCAGGUUGCGAUGAUGAUUCCUUUUGCUUUGUUUUCACGACUGGAUGUUUCUCCAGCAGUCAUGUGGGCGUGGUUGACCGGAUAAAAGUUUCGUCUUUGCCGAAGAAUAUAAGUUUAACUAUGUAUGAAUAUAUCGAUAUUGAGGCAAUAAAUUACAGUUAUUCAAAAUGCGACACUGAAGGGCCAACUUCGCCGAAAACACACUGGACCGAUACAGCUACAAACGCUUAUAACAUGACGACUCACACCCACACUUCUCAGGGCAAAAAUGCUUCGCUGGGCACAAUACUCCCAAUUGUAAUUGCCGUGGUCGUAGCCGUAUUGCUGGGAGGACUUUUGUUCGUUUGGUGCCGCUUCAGGAAGAAAAUACAAAAUUUGUCAGCCAAAAGUACACCAAGCCCAGAGAGAACAGAUGGUGAAAACACCAUGACCGAAAAUGUAAUCUACGAGAGUUCGUUUCCACACACAAAUGAUAAUGAACCUGCAGCAAUGCUGGUUGACAAUAUCAUUUAUGGACAGACGGUUGUGUAA